CGUCCGGAGAAGGGUAAUGAAGAGAUAAUCGCGGAAACAAUGAACGCUGCAGAUCGCAUUCCCGCAUACGCUUCUGUUGAUGAUCGUGUCAGUAAAGAUAUGUCGUCUUUAGGAGCAAUUCCCCUCCGACGCCGUAUUGACGUUUAUUAUCGUCGUAAAUCAAUGCGACCAGCCUAUUUCAAUCGAACGAGUUGGGAGCAGGCACCGUGGAUUACAUAUCUGCAGACUAAGCAAGCAUCGAAAAUGAGCGAUGAAUCGAGAAAGCGAAAGCGAGAUGCCACAAACAACUCGUCGAUUCGAGAUCAUUCCUACAGCCCGCUGAGGAAGGCACGUCGUAAUAGUUGUUCGAGCAGCAAUCGACGACGAGUUUCGUUGUUGAAACAUGCCGGAAGUCGUUUAGUGCGCAGAUCGCUGGAUUACAAACGAUACGGAGAGAGGAUGCAGCGUAAAAAUAAGGUGUUGUAUGGUAAUAACGCUAAUAACAACAACGCAGCGUAUGCGUGCUCGUCAACAGGAGGCUUCGGUAUGGCAUCAGCACUCAAUCAUAAUCAUCAGAACAUUACCGAUGUUGAUGCGGCAAUGUCGAGUGAUUAUUGUAUCGACGGUACUAUUGUUGGGCUACCGCAAAAAAUCGACUAUAAAGAAAUAACAAUUCCAAAGUAA